GGAAAUGAACCCUUCAGUCUUAUCUUGAAUAUCUUUUCUUACAACUCAAGCCGGUUGAAGUCGAAGCAUCCAAGAUGGCCCGUUGCUAUCAUUAAAACUAAGUGGACCCUAGCUUUCGUUCCUGCAUCAGUGGCCGGUAUGACUGCGCAACAACCACCUCAAGAUCGGGUUAGGGUUAUGGAUUAGUGUCAACCUGCUGUGCCUCUUCACCAGGCAUCACAGUGUACAGCCAACAGCAAGGACUGGCGAAGACGCACGUCUUGUGCAUAUACCCCGCUUGACAGCCUCUAUAUCAGCUGCUCUACCCCAAGCACGAUGCUGCCGAUACUCUUUCCUCCUCGUCAUCUCAUUCUGAGUUUUCCCAGCAACAAUGGCUGAGGUGGCGAACAUUGUUACAGGCGUCUUUCAGUUGAUUCCUCUUUGCAACGGUAUGAAUUCUUUACCUGGAUAUAUCGGUGUAAUAGUCCGAUAGCUCUAACAAACAAUAGCCGGAUUCGUUUUGAUCAAAGAUGUUGUACAGCUAGAGCAGAAACUGAGCGAGCAACGGAUACGGAUUCAGAAUCAUCAAAACGUAUGAUACCUGCCGUCCUAACAUGGUCAGUAGAUAAAGUAUCUACUAACGAAUGUCUACAGAACUUCCGGUCAUGGUGUGAAAUAUGGGGGCCUUCCGAAACUCGAGAACGAAAGUUCAAACACUACGCCCAGGACAACCCAGUGAGCGCCAAAGCUGUGCUGCAUCAGCUGGCUCUCAACUCUCGCCUGUUCUUUGACAUCAAAGGCCUUGACCGAUACGGCUUCGAGAUCAAGAAGCUGAUACCCACGGACCACCGAAUUCAACACCUUGACGAUUUUCACUUUGAAACCAAUGCUGGCCUCGACCCGCAAAACAUCAACCGCUUCGAGGCCAAUGCAACACCAACUUAUUGGUGAUGAGAAGAAUCCAGUUCUCACUGGUAAGCGGUGGAAAGGGCGUCGAUGAACUGAUUGCAAGAUUCCGAGAGUUCAAUGAGGUUUUGUGGGGUUAUGGCCAGCCCUUGGAACUGGCCCGUCUAAACAAGGGCAUAUACGACAACCUCAAUCAGCUGACGGGAGAUCAACUGAAUAAAUUUCUCGCCGCCUACACGCGGGAGUCUGAGACCUCAAGAGACUCAGUGAGUGCUGGUAACUAUCGUUCGUUGGCAAAGAUGGUCAACUUGCGAGCCCAUGCCAUCCAGGGGGCUCCUGGAAGACCCCAUGUCUUUGGAGCCAGUUCGUUUCACAGGACAGACAACUACAGAGUAGACAGUCGCGGCACGUCCACAAUGGCGCUUCUUUACGAUUACCCAAAGAAAGGUGAUCACGGAGUUGCGCUCAUAGAAUGGGCGCAGAACGCACAGAUUUCAGGCAAAAGACGGGAGAUUGAGAAACUGGCACUUCUAUUAAAUGCUCCCAAGCCAGACGAGAUGUCUAUGCUUGACUCCUAUGGAAUAUUAGACGACCUACAGCGCACCAACCGGCUUGGUUUUGUCCUAAAACCGCCCAUCAAUAUCCGAACUAAUCUUCCCCAACCAUUGCCACCAGGAGCCAUCUCGGAACGACGGAUGCCCAUCAACUUGAGACAGCUCAUCAAAACCCGGGAUGGUCUGGACCUAGGCGUGAGGUUCGACAUUGCCAAGAAGCUUGUUGAUGCUGUCCACAUGAUGCAUGCCGUAGACUGGGCGCACAAGAACAUCCGACCCAACAACAUUUUGUUCUUCCCUCUGGGCAGUAUUGGCGACGAAUCCUCGACCCAAGCCGCCCACAGAGUCUUUGACCUUUCGAGUCCUUUCAUCGCUGGUUAUGGCAACGACGCAGCUUCUGGUAUCAACUUGAAACUCGACUACUACGAGCAUCCAGCAAGACGCAACGACCCUCAGAUAGCCUAUCGACGCCUCUAUGAUCUCUAUAGUCUGGGCUGUGUCUUGCCUGAAUUGGCGCUCUGGACAACGAUAGAGGAGCAAAUUGAGCACGAUCCCGGGAGCAGAGAAGCGUCUUACAAGGUCAUCCGAGCGCUUUCCCUUAAACCUACGUUGGAUAGGAUGGUGGGCAAGAUCUUUGCAGACGUCAUCCGCGACUGUAUCGCCCUGGGUGAGAAGAGUUCACUCGACAACCCUGCAAAGUUCGGCACGGAUAUGGCAUCCAGGUUGGCUCAAUGUGUUGCUUGAGGUCUUUAUACUUUGAUCAGGCGUGGCCUUUGUUCAUUCUCAAGGAUAAUACCUACAUCUCAAGUCAUCGCUUCCACAAUUCUUCCCUCGGGACACCCUAGUAACUUAAAAAGCCUACGUAUUACCUUUCAACGCCUGUCGGCUAUCCUUGGAGACCACGUACCUCAAGCAAUCACAAGUUCGAGGGAAAUGAUGUGAAAGUUUGACUUGCUUACCCUCCCUCCCCCUCCACACCCCAAACCAGACUUAAUAUCGCCAGCGUCGUUACAAAUUGCUCAUCUGACUGAA